GCCUCUAAAAGUCACCCUACGCUAGGCUUUCUUGUCCUGUCAAAAUAUGAUUAGCGCACAAAGUAAACGAGUGUGUCAUCUCCAUUACAUGAGUUGGCACCUUAAGAGGCGGGUCAAUUGUAGGUAGUGGCAAAUUAUGUAGCCAACACACGCCCCUUUUGGUUACGCGUAUAUGUAAUGAUUGACAUGUACUUUAUCAAACCAGAAAUCUGAUCUUGUCUUUACAACCAAUAUUAAAGUUGCUAGGGAGGGCACAUUAGUGUGUAGGUAAGGUUUAAUGAGACUCCAUUGGAUUGUAAUCAGUGUCAUGUCGGAUUCAUGUAAACUACAACAUUGUAACAAAAUGGCGACUGUUUUAGGCAACAUCAGCAGCAGGCACCAGCAGUGCUCUUCGCAACCUCACUACUAAAUUUCAAGGUGUCCCAGUGGAAUUACAAAAUGUGUCUGUACACCAGCUCUUUGGUUGAUGAGCAUUCUGUCUAUUGAGGAAUUAUCUCUGAAUCGUUAUUCGUCUCCGUCACCAUACCUGGGAAUUACAUAAACAUGUCUUGAUGUUGCUCUGCAUCACUCAUCACUUGCAUUGUCCUGAGGAUGUUUUAACAGUCUCACGUCGUGGAGGAAGAGGACGGAAUUAGGCCUAUUUAUGGAUCGCUUUUUCCUACGCCAUACUGCGCAACCAUGGUAAAACUCGCCAACCCUCUGUACACGGAGUGGAUUUUAGAGGCAAUUCAGAAGAUCAAACGGCAAAAGCAGCGGCCUUCCGAGGAGCGGAUUUGCCACGCUGUUGCCACCUUGCACGGCUUGGACAAGAAGACCGUUCUCGAGCAGUUGGAAUUAGGUGUUCACGAUGGCGCCGUGCUCAAGGUUACCAACAAGGGCAGUGCCUCGUAUAAAGACCCGGGUCAUCCUGGACGUAUGGCCUCUGUCAACCACGGGUCAGCCCAGACUGCACCCCUGCAGACCACCAACAAUAAAGGAUCUACCUUGAGCUCUGGAGACCUGCGGCACAUCGACUGGAAUAAGGUCCUUCGGCGGGCCAUUGAGGGCUUGGAUGACUCGCAUGGCUCCUCACUGAAGAACAUCGAGCGCUACCUGAGGAACCAGGAGGACUUGGUCCACGUCAUCGCCAACCCUGCCUUCCAGCAGCGACUCCGACUGGCCGCCAAGCGGGCUGUGAGCAGCGGGCGCCUCCUGAAGAACGGGCCGCGUUACCGGCUCAGCAGCGGCAGUGACGCCGGGAGGGGAGCCGGCAUCCGCGGGGCCUGUGCCUCUGGGUCACCCACGCCGACCAUCACCCUGCUACCGCACGAGAGAGAUCAGACUCGGGCUGACCCCAUUCCCAUCUGCAGCUUCUGUCUGGGAACGAAGGAGACCAACCGGGACAAGCGGCCGGAGGACCUCCUGUCCUGUGCAGACUGUGGAAGCAGUGGCCACCCUUCAUGUCUGAAGUUCUCGCCUGAGCUGACGGCUAACGUGAAGGCCCUACGGUGGCAGUGUAUCGAGUGCAAGACGUGCAGUUCAUGUCGAAUACAGGGCAAAAAUGCGGACGAGAUGCUCUUCUGCGAUUCCUGCGAUCGGGGUUUCCACAUGGAGUGCUGCGACCCUCCAAUCUCUAGAAUGCCAAAAGGAACGUGGGUCUGUCAGGUGUGCAGGCCGAGGGGAGGCAGCAGGAUGCUGCUGCACCGAAAAGCCGAUCAGAUCCGACGGCGGUACGCAAAGCCCGUAGGCCGGCCGCGGAAGAAAUUCAAGCAAAGAAUGUCUGUUACCGGGGGCGAUGGCUCUGAGAUUGCGCUGGCAGGAAGGGGGUCACCUGGUGCAGAGCAGAGCGCCCUUCGGAGACCAGGGCGAGAGCGGCAGCCGCAGCCACUGCCGCCGGUGGCCGUGGCCAGAGAGCACGUGACCGAGGAGGACGUGGAGAUCUUCAGGCGGGUCCAGGAGAUCUCCGCACAGAGAACGGGAAGUAUGAACAGCACCGACUCCUCGUGCCGUAGCCCUGCGGUCAUCGAGUUUGGAAAGUACGACAUUCAAACGUGGUACUCCUCACCUUAUCCACCUGAAUACUCCCGGUUACACAAGCUCUACCUAUGUGAGUUCUGUCUGAAGUACAUGCGGAGCAAGAACAUCCUGCAGCGGCACGUCAAGAAGUGCAUCUGGGUCCACCCGCCCGCCAAUGAGAUCUACCGCAAGGCUGACCUCUCAGUGUUCGAGGUUGAUGGCAACGUGAGCAAGAUCUAUUGCCAAAACCUCUGCCUGCUCGCCAAGCUUUUCCUGGACCACAAGACGCUAUAUUACGAUGUGGAGCCUUUUCUCUUCUACGUUCUCACAAAAAAUGAUGAAAAAGGCUGUCAUCUCGUUGGCUAUUUCUCAAAGGAAAAGCUUUGCCAGCAGAAGUACAAUGUCUCCUGCAUAAUGAUCAUGCCCCAGUACCAAAGGCAGGGCUUCGGCCGCUUCCUCAUUGAUUUCAGUUACCUUCUCUCGCGGCGGGAAGGACAGGCAGGCUCCCCGGAGAAGCCGCUAUCAGAUCUGGGCCGCCUGUCCUACGUGGCCUACUGGCGCAGCGUGCUGCUGGAGCAGCUGGCCGCGUUGGCUGACCGAUGCCUCAGCGUCAAGGGCCUGAGUCGCGCCACGGGCAUGUGCCCGCACGACAUUGCCGCCACGCUACAGCAGCUCAACAUGAUCGACAGGCGCCACGGCAGGUUUGUGAUUGUACGGCGAGAUGACCUAAUCCAUGAACACAUGGAGCGACUGAGAGCUUGCCCACGGGUCAAUGAGGUCGACCCCGCCUACCUGCGUUGGUCGCCCACGGUUACAGUGAACGCCGUGCUGUCAGAGGAAGAACGCGAGGCAGAGAUGGAUGCGGAGCGGCUGACUGCUCGAGCCAGCUGCUGGGAGAAGGAGGAGAGGGACGUCUUCGGCGGCCACAGCCAUGUCGGCCGCCGGCCUCUGGCCAAAGUGCGCUGCAAAAACCCGCACCGGUCCUCCGCUCACCGCUCGUCCACACACGACAGCGAGGAUGAUGACAGUGAUGAUUACGAGGAUGAAGACGAUGAUGAUGAUGAUGACGAGGUGGAGGAGGAUGAAGAGUAUGAUAGUUCUCCACCCAUCCUUACCAAGGCGCAGGCCAUGUUUGGGGGCAAGAGGAAGAAACCCAUUGCCCUCAAGAAGAAGCGUGGCCGCAAGCGCAAACGCAUCAACAGCAGCGUCACCACGGAGACCAUCUCCGAGACGACGGAGGUCCUGAACGAGCCCUUCGAGAACUCAGAGGACGAGAGGCCCAUGCCGCUCUUGGAGCGCUCGGCGCGGUUAGGAGACAUGAGCGAAGAAGAAGAGGAGGAGGAGGAGGAGGAGGAGGAGGAGGAGGUGAAGCUACACCGCAGAGACGAAGAGAUGGAGACUCUCAUCGUACGUCCGGCCAAGAGACGCAGGGGUCGGCCGAGGCUGGUGAAGAGUGAGGAGCGCGACAAUCGGAAUGAAGGUUCUGAUGUCCCAAAGAAAGUGGGGAACCCCCGCCCGGUCAAGCGCAAGAAGGGCUGGCCGAAAGGCGUCAAGCGUGGCCCCCCGAAGUGGCGGCUGAAGAAGGAGUGUAAGAUGGGCUUCAAGCUCAACCUCUACACCCCACCUGAGACGCCCCUGGAGGCGGACCACCACAUCCCCGCUGAGGACCCCCGGGUUGGGGGUGGAGUCACUGGGGGCCAUGACCUGCUGGAGCCCCCGACCAUCACGGAGGAGGCCAGCGAGACCGGCAUGGGCCCGGGGUCAGUGGGGACUGACACGGAGGCGGGCAGGGUGCGCUCGGAGCCCCAGAGCCCGGACCGGCCCCUUGUCAGUCAGCCAGGAUCACCGGAGGAAUCGCCGGACCAGGAGGACGAGCUCCAGCAGUCUGUGGCUUCACCAGAGCAAGAGCAGGAGGAUGAAGAGAAUGACAUGGAGGAUGAUGAUGAUGAGGAAGAGGAGGAUGAAGAUGACGAAGAAGAAGAAGAGGAGGAGGAGGAGGAGGUGGUGGCAGAACGGAUAGAUGUGUCCGCCCGGGUUACAGCAGAGCGAGGAGUAGAGGAGGAGGAGGAGGAAGAGGAUGAUCGUGAGGAUGAGGAGGAUAAUGAGGAAGAGGAAGAAGAGCAGCAGCCCAGUCGUGUGGAGGAGCAGGAUCGGGACGCCGAUGACGAAGACGACAGUCACAACGACUCCGCUUUGGUGGAGAAAGAACAGGUGCCGGCCAAGGCGAGCAGUCCAAAGGAGUCCGCAGACGACGCUCAAGAUUUUUUAGCUCCCAGCGAGCAGAGCAGCCCAGUCCCUCCUCCCGAGGAACCAGUCGUUCCCACCAGCACGGCAGCCUCCCCCUGCAGCAGUCCUGGUAUUCCAGAGCCAGAUGAGCCAGCAAUAUCCAACUUUGAGCCACCUGCGGAAUCUGAACCAGAUGACGAAGAAGAGGAGGAGGAGGAGGAAGAGUUGGCGAGCCAGCCAGGUUGUAAUGCACCUCAGCUUGAGGAACUCGAGCGGCCCCCGCCUAGUCCCCCGAUGCAGGAGAAUCCCCCCUCCGUCUGCCCGGAGACAGACUCGGAGACGGCGCAGGCGGUGCAGUCACUGACCCAGGAGGCCGAUCGUCAGGAGGAGAGCGGAUUGUACGCUGACUGCGUGGAGACACAGGAAGCCUGCCACACGCUGCAGACGUAUGCGCAGCUGGAGCGCAGCGGAGGUGGUGGCGGCAGCAGCCCUGCACCUGCCUCGGCUCACGCCGCGGCGCUGGACGACUACUCGCAGUCGGAGCGCAGCAGCCCCAUGUCCUCCGUCCCUUCCUCCCACCCCAGCCAAUCGGUGCGCUCCGCUUGCAGCCCUGCCAUCACCAUCCUGGAAACUGCCAGCUACACCCAGAUAAGUCCCGAGCAACAGGGAGGUGGAGGCGGCAACACUGGUGGUGGUACCAUAUCUGCCCCCUCCCUGGCUAUGGAAACUAGCCCCAUGAUGGACCUGCCGUCGGUGUCGGACCACUCGCAGCAGGUGGUGGACAGCGGCUUCAGCGACCUGGGCAGCAUCGAGAGCACCACGGAGAACUACGAGAACCCCAGCAGUUACGACUCAUCGCUGGGCGGGGGAGCAGGGGCGGGAGGAGGAGGCGGCCCAACAUCCGGUCCGGGGGGCCCGAACCAGAGCAGCUGUUCGUACGGUGGCCUGGGGCCUAACGGUAGCUGUGCAGUGAGCCAGCAGAUGGCUGGCCUCGCAGCAGCAGCAGCAGCAGCAGCCCGCAGCACCCUGAGCUCGCCACAGCACUGCAUCAGCAGCGUGAAGUCGCCGCAGGGCUGCGUGGUGGUGGUGGAGCGGCCGCCCAGUAACAGCCAGCACGGCCCGCACCACGCAGGACACCCCCAGCACGGCCCGCACGCUGGGCAACAUCCGCAGCACGGCCACGGGGGACCGCUCGGGCACGGGCAUGGCCAGCACACUUCGCACAGUCACCUUAGCCAACAUGGACAGCUCCACCCGUCGCACCCUCAGCACCCGCACCACCCACAACACGUGGUUCACAACCCACAUGCCCCACAUCCGCACCCGUCUCAGACCCAACACGGCCAACAUGGCUCCCACGGUCAGCACCCCCAGCUUGUCCAGCAUGGUCAGCACGGUCCACAGCAACAGCAGCAGCAGCAAGUGCUCCAUGCUCCACACCCGACGCAGACCCAGCACGGUGGGGUGCACGGACAGCAACACAUGCCGACGCGGGGGGCGGCUCAACACGGUCAGCUCGCUCACCACCACCACCACACUCAUGGGUCGCCCCAGACUCCGCACCGGCAGCACGCCGCAGCUGCUGCCGCUCUGAGCCAGCACGCUCAGCAGCACUCCUCCGCCCAGCACGCGGCGGCAGCGGCAGCAGCCGCCCACGCCCAACGUGCCCAACACGGCCCCGUGCUUAGCCACGGGCACAGCCACGGGCACAGCCACGGGCACAGCCACGGGCAGCACAGUCUCCAUCACCACCCCCAGCAGCAGUGCGGCCUGUCCUCCAACUUCUCCAGCCCCAUGCAGCUGGCCGAGAUGUCCGGGGACUCCGGGGGCCCCCACCCUCCUCGCCCCAGCCUGAGCCUGUACGAGCGCAUGGCCGCGCCCGGCGAGUACAGCGCACCCUAUGGACAGCCGUCGGCCACGUUCAGCCUGGCCAAGCUGCAGCAGCUCACUAACACGUUGAUGGAGCACCCGUUCAGCCACACCACGGCGCCUCCGCACCCCAUCGGCUCCUAUGCAAGCAGCGGCCCCACGCUCUCCUCGCAGCUCGGGCACGGUCACGGCGUUCCCCCGAGUAGCGGCGGGCCCCCUCAGCCCCAGGCGCCCCCCACGCCCAACCUCACCCCGCCUCCCAUAAUGCUCCAGCGAAACAUGGCCGCCGCUGCAGCGGCAGCUGGCAUGGGCCUUCCGUCAUCGCAGAGGAUCCAGACGCAGGUGGGCGGCGGGGGCAGCAGUGGUGGUAGCGGUGGCGCUUCUGCAUCCUCCUCUGCCAAGAGUCACGCAAGCGCCCGGUCAAAGUCUACCCCGUUGGCACACCCCCCUCACCCGGCUUCGCACCACCAUGCACCCCCCCACGCUCAUGCCCAUGCGCACGCCCACCCUCACCCCCAUGCCCACCCCCAUCACCACCACCAGCAGCAACAGCAGGUGUCUGUGCCCAUGCAGGCGCCUAGCGGUACGCUGACGGCCAUGCCGCGGCACGUCAACAUGGGCAUGAACAUUGCCGCCUACAAUUCCAUGAACUCCAUGAACGUAUCGACGCUCAACAGCAUGAACAGCUACCGCGUGAGCCAGCCCAUGAUGAACAGCGGUUACCACAGCAACCACGCCUACAUGAACCAGUCGCCGCAGUACCCUAUGCAGAUGGGCAUGAUGGGUGGUCAGCCCUACCCGCAGCAGACAAUGCAGGCCCCGCCGCCACCACAUGGCAACGUGAUGUACUCUGCCGCGGCGGCCGCUGCCGGUCACCACGGUUACAUGACCACGGGCAUAGCCAAACAGUCUCUCAAAGGAUCUUUCAUGAGGCGGUAGCUGAAGCCUACUCAGACACACACAUAUACGCACGCACGCACGCACACACACAUGCAGAGACAGACAUACAGACACACACACGUCCAUAUGGUCUUGAGAUGCACUGCUUUUGCCUUUCUGUUUGUCUCUGAGUCGUUACCCAUUGAAGUUACUGAAAAACCAGCACUUGGCAGGAAUGCAAAAAUUUCAAAUCAACAGUAAAUAAAUAAAUAAAAAAAAUUAAGAUUAAACAGAGAAAGUUAUUUUUGACAUUAGAAAAGCAUUUGUGCUAUUAUUUCUUUCUUCUGAAAAGAAAUUGGAAGCCUUACUUAAUAAAAAGCUAAUAAUGGUAAUAAAAAAAAAAAAAAAAAUUAAUAGCCUUCUGGGGGGGGAUUGGGACUUGAGGGGGCUGGUGUUGGCCAGUUUCGACCCCCGUCCCAUCCCCUCAGGGGCAAAACCGUCUCAUAGCAGCUUCCUAGAAGCCAUGAAAUGUGCCUGCUGCGGACGGAGCGAUCGGACAUCAUGGCCUUUUCCAGCCGACCUGUCAAACAGUGCUGAAAAGUCCGUUUGUACCAUAAUCUUUUUGCCUUUGUACAUUUAAAUUAUUCAGACUUAUUUUGCAAAGUGACGAUUAGCAUGCUACAGAGUCUAUGUUAGUGACAGUGCAUUCAAAGUAGUACUGUACGAGUGUCGUGCUUAAUAGCAAGCCAUUUUUAAAAUGUUGGGCCUUCACAAGGUUUCCCUGGUCCGGGGAAAGAAGAUGACAAAUUAUAUUUUGUUAAUUCCUGAUACUGUACAAAAAAGAAAAUGCCCCUGUAAACUUGGUCCUUGUUUUUUUGUUUUGUUUUCGUUCUUGCUUUUUUUUGUGUUUGAAAGGUUUUAUUGAUAUGUACUGUAUGUAUAAUUCUGAACUCUUUUUGUAACAAAUUUCUUCACGGCAGCUUUCUGUUUUAUAAUGCAGACUGAUGUGUCAGAGUAAUAAAAAACACAUAUAUUUCAGAGUUUGUACCCAGUUCAAUUCCAAAACAUUUCGAAAUGUAGACAGAUCUCACGAAACGAAAGUAAAUGAAUAUAAUAUAGAGACCUAAUUUAGUCCAAAGUUGAUAUUUUACAAAAAAAUGCCUUGGAAUUUACACUUUCAUUCCAUGUGUAGAUUUGUUUUCUAUCUUUAUAAAAUAAUGUUGGAUUUCUAUUUUACAUAAAUGUGGUGUAGAGCCUGUGAAUAGACCAAACGGAAGCUAACAGACAACUGCAUGUAAAAAGCGACUUGUAUUUGUGUUGUUUAUAUCACUCUUUUUGUAGCCUUUGUACCAAUACAGAGUGACUGGUACCAUGGCAACGGAGACAGAGGGUCGGGGUGGGCAAUCCUGGUUAUAUGUACAGAUAACGACGCAACGACAAGUCAUGUAUUUAUGAGUUAUCACUUAGUCAGUCGAAUAAAAAGCAAAAUGCUGUACAUUUUAGCGUAAAAUAAAUUAUGAUCAACCAUGCA